AUAAUAAAAUGGCGACACGCAGAAUAGUUUGGGAAAAAAGAGAAAAACAUAUUUCUGCAGUAGAUCUGGUGAUAAUCUUACAAGACACUGACAGGAGAUUGGGGGACUUAAGACUGAUGAAGAGGAUAAGACAGUGGAAGUGUGUGAUUGAUCAAAGUGACUUCACCCUGCGCUUCCCAGUGACAGAAAAUAUGAUGCUGAAAACUGGCAUAGAUGAUUCUCCACCACCUGAGAAUUUGGCAGAAGAGGAGGAGGAGGAGGAAGAUGACAAUGGAACUGAAGGAUUUCUGGUGGAUUCUUCCAAGGUGCUGUGCACAGAUGUGUACGAGGUGACAUUCACUUCAAGACCGUGCUGGGAGUAGCUCAACCUGCCAAACAGCAUUGGGUCCUGUGGCUCCUGUCUAUCUUGGUGACCUUGAUGCCCCUUACAAGAAAGCCUCUUACCUUC